CAUUUUUCUUAACUUAAUAUCUUUUUGAUCUUUCCAAAAUGUAAACAACAAAUAAAACCCCACCAUUCAUUCUUUGUAUGUGAAAACCAAGCUGCUUCUUCUUCUUCUCUUCAUCUAUCACAAAAAAAAAUCUUCAAAUUCUCUGUAACACAACACAUAAUCAUGGCUGCUUAUAAAAGUUGUCAUCUGUCAUUGAAGUUUGUUCUCCUCAUCUCAUCCUUUAUUUUAUACUUUUCAUGUCCCUCAGUUUAUGCUCUUAAUGUUGGGGUUCAAACUACUGGUACUGGUGUUUCACUGAUGAAAGAAUGCAGCAGAAAAUGUGAAUCAGAAUUCUGUUCAGUACCUCCAUUUUUAAGAUAUGGCAAGUACUGCGGACUGCUAUACAGUGGAUGUCCGGGGGAGAGACCAUGCGACGGACUCGACGCUUGUUGUAUGAAACACGAUGUUUGCAUCCAAUUGAAAAACAAUGAUUAUCUAAGUGAAGAAUGCAGCCAAACAUUCUUAAAUUGCAUGAAGAAUUUCAAGGACAGUGGAGGCCGUACUUUCAAGGGAAACAAAUGUGAUGUUGGAGAAGUUGUUGAUAUAAUCUCUCUUGUUAUUGAUGCUGCUUUGUUGGCUGGAAAAGUUCUUCAUAAACCUUAGCUAUGUAGCCAUAACCUGGCUAGAUCAAUCUAAUCUAUCUAAUUUCUUUGCUGUAGAUUAGUAUUUCUUUUUGAUUCAUCGUUUGUUAUGUGUUUUAUAUGAGGAAAUAAAGAAUGUGAGUUCAUUUAAUCUAAGGUUGGUUAUGCACUGUGAAUGUAUUGCGAAGUUAGAAUAAA